UUAUAUAAAAAUAUAUUCCAAACUGGUGCCUUUUUCUCUUCCAUGACUCUCAGCAGGCAUGACUCCAUUUCUAAAGAAGAUUGAAUUUAUAAGGACAAAACAACAUUUUUUCCAAAUAAAACCCUAUCACCUCAUUGUAUGCUCCAUGUCAACAUCUCUUCAGCCUCUUCCAAUCUCCCUCACAGUGGACUCGCCAUCCCUUCUCCCUUACAAAGAAGGCCUGCCUAAUCUUGGAUUCGAAGUCACAAGGCUGAAUACAUACACGGCGGUUCCUGUUCAUCAUGUAGACCAAAUAGUUCUCACGCAGGCUCUUUCUGCUCCUGUUGUUACUGUAGCAUCGCCUUCUGCUGUUCGGUAAACCCAUCGAUCAAACUUUUUUCUUAGCUAUGUAGGGUUUGAGCAUAUUAUUUUCAAGCUCAUAUCCUUGCUUUGAAGUGGAAAUAGAAUAAUCCUUGGCAGUGAUUGCAGGAAGUAGCUGCUCAUAGACUUGUGCCCAUGCUGCUCUAGAGCUUUUACCAUUUUGCUGAGCAAUGAUAAUAUACAAUAAUAAUCAAUGCAACUCUAAUUUUUUAGAGAAAAAUGGGAAUAAAAGUCUUAUUUGAUUUGCCAUGUUUGUCAAUAUAAUGUGAUUGACUAGAAAAUGUUUUUUGUGUAGAACCUUUUACAUGAAAACAAUGUUUUUCCUCACUUCUUUUUUGGUGUUUGGUAGAAGCUUUGAAAACAAUUUGCCUGCACCAAGACACUAUGUGGUAGACAUCUAUGCCUUGUGUAUAUCUCACACAGAGAGCCUAGUUUAUAUGCACAUAAUAGUCGGGAACUUAUGUUGGGGCAAAAAUAGGCUUUAUGUAGCUCUACACUAAGGUGUCUAUAGAUGGGGAAAUUCAGGUUUGCACCCUUGCAGGUAUGGCAAAAAUAGGCUUUUUGCACCUGUGUGUUUACAUAUGCACUUGAAUUUUUGCUUUUUUUGUUCUUCAUUUUGCCUUUUAAAAUUAUAAAAGAAGAAUGAAAAAACUUUUGCCGUUGAUGAUUAGCUCUUGUUAGUUACUUAUUUUGUCCAAGACUCUUUAUAAGACAUCUUCUGAGCAACCCAGCACCUGAAAAUACUAAAAAUUUGUGCCAGAUAAUGCUUUGUUAUAGACAAAUUGUGCACUAAAGAUCGCUAUUGGAGAUUCCUAAUUCACAAGUUCAGAACUCUUAGAUCAAUUAUUAAACAAUCUCACAUCUCAUUAACUGUCCUUACAUCAUUGUCAUUUGUUUAUUAUCUACAAGUUGUAGUGAUGGAAAUAGUUGCUUUUUCAAUAGUGCCCAUUUGUUACAUUACAUGUUUACAUGAUUGUUCAUGAGGUAUUCUUACUAAUCAUGAUUUUAUGGGCAUGUAUAUUUUGUUGUUUAUUGAUCAUUGUAGCUGCCAAUAAUGUCAUGAUGUGGUGUUUGAGCAUGGCCAGUAUGAAAGUGCCACAUAUUGCCGCUGUUUUCUUAUCUAUCCUGCUGCAGUUUUUUCUCAGUUUAAGAGGUUUUAGAUGAAUAUUGUGUAUGGUUGUGCCUCACUUACAGCUAAUUGGAUCAUGUUGGAAGAACAUAAUAGAAAAGCAUUGAAGCUAAGACCUUCAUCUGGAAAGUUCUUGAUAGAAUUGAAUUUGUCACCUCAUUCUAGCUUUGGUACACCCCAUCACCUUGGUCCUCCUCAUCUGAAAUUAUUGAAAUUGGGAAGCUUGUUAUGCCAACUACCUUGUUAUCAGAGACGAAGCUAGGAUUUUGUUUUAAGGAGGGCCAAGAUGACUUGUUAGACAACUUUUAAGGAAUUGAUGUCUUUGCAUUAGUGAUACGCAUUGAUACAUUGUUUUUUUUUUUCAAUUUUUAAGGAUUUUUCUCUUGAAAUACAAAUUAUUUGAGAAUGCUUUCCAUAUACAAGAACGGGAAGAAAAAAAAAAAAAAGAGAUGUUCCUAAUAUCAAUAGAAUAAUUUCGUAAAAUAAGCUCCCAAAAUACCAUGUAAUAUUAUUUAUGGGGUACUUCCAACAAAUGUCGAAAUGAAAAACUUUACGAGUGAGACAAUGAUGACUCACCUUUGUUAGAUAGUGAGGCAAUGAUGACCUACUUCAUAUAUUUUGCAAUUACUCAUUUAUCGGAGUAAAACAUAAAUAAUAUCACAUGAUACUCCUAAACUGCCUAAUAAUUUUUCGUGAAUGAAAGAUAAGCAAAUCUUUGUUUUGUGAGAAAGAGGAAAAAUAAUUUUAAAAAAUAAAGGAAACCAAGUAAGAGAAAAGAGGUUGCAUAUAUAAGUAGCAAACUAGUUUUCAGUUGUUUCCAUGAAAAGUGUAAAGGCCAUCACAUUAUAUAUAUUCUUUAGGACCUAAUAUAUACAAUACCUAAUGGGUUUGUUGAACAUCAGGGGUGGCCAUGGCCCCCUUGGUCCCAUUGUACCUUCCUCUUCCUUAACACAUUAAAUGCCCUUGUUCCUCUGAAUUUAAAUGUUUUCUGUUUUAGGUUGCACUUUCAUGGAGGAAAUCAAAUUUGCACAAAGAUCAUCAUUCUAUUCUUCUUAUUUUCCCUGGAACUAUUCCUUUGUGUCAGUCCUUAUCUUCUAAAGCUUAUAGCUUCUAGAUGGAGACUUCAGGAGUGGACAGAUGGGGUCUAUCAUUCUGGGAGGUGUUAUCUCUAAUACGUGAAUUGAAGAAGGCAAAAGACCCAUAUGUAAUAUGACUAAUAUUGUAUGUAAGUCCUGUUGGAAAAUUUUCUUUUCAGUUUCUGAGAUUGGAUGUUCACAUGACACUUCAUCAGAACUUUGAGUUGAGAACAUGGAAGCAAGAUCAAAGAGUUGAAGAAGAAAUAUGUCAGAAGAUGUGUGAUCAAUAUAAGAAAUGCUCCUAAUUUUAAGGGCCGCGUGGAGAAGAAGGAUUCAUGUAGCCGACCCCAUUUGAUGGGACUUAAGGCUUGGUUUGGUUGGUUGGUUGGUUUUUUGAAGAAGUAAUAUACUAAUGGAGCCAAAGCUAAUGUUGCUGAACCCUUGCUUUUUGAAGCUUGGAACUGGGUUGAGCAUCAUGAUGGCAAAAAGAAAUCCCUCCCUAGUCACAACAUUUGCCUUCCUUUCAUGUGGAUACGUUUGUAGCUCCUACCAAGAGGUUAAAUCUGUUGUGUUGCAUACGCUGAAUCGAGCCAGGUUAAAUGUGGCUAUAGAUUCCUUCCUUAAGACAGGGAGAGUUCCAACACUGAAUGAGGGAAAUAGGAUGGAAAAAAUAUUUGGUUUUCCCUGGUCAAAGGAGAGGCCUGUUGUUCUUGGACCGAGAUUUAAGGAUGCAUUCCAAGACCCAAAUUCAUAUCUUGCCAUAGAGCCUAUCUUUGAGGCUCAUGUUCUCCUGCAUAUCAUUCGCUCAUCAAAUCAGGCCAGCCUUGUCCUAGAAAGCAUCGAGAAAAUGAUCAUACGGUGUUUAUGCCUUCUAUUGCUGAUCUUGAAGCUCAUAUUGCUGAAUCUUAUAAGAUCAUCUCAGCUUUAUAUGCGCCUUCUAAGAGCAAAGCUACAGAACAGGUUAGAAAUUUCUUGGAGAGAUGCAAAAUAUGAUCGAAGGAUUCAAGAACUUAGUUUUUCAAGUUUUUUCAUUUUUUAAUAUAUGUAAUCACAGUUAAUUUUUUUUUUAUUAAUUUCUUUGUAUAUACUUUUGAAGAUUUAAUUUUCAUUUAUGAAAUAUAUGAUGUUAUUCCA